AUGUUGUACUUUAUAAGCAACACCGGCCAUGGCUUGCGCGAGAUAGAUAUUGCGUGCAUGAAGCGAUUGUCCAAGUUUGUCAAUGUUAUACCGGUGGUGAGCAAGGCCGAUUCGUUCACCGAGGCAGAACUCAAACAUUUUAAAAAACAGAUCAAGACAGAUAUAAACCGUUUCAACGUACCUGUGUUCCAAUUCGACAAUUUCUUAAGUGAAUACGAUGAGGAUGAGGACCGUGACUUGAUUGAAGAAUGCAAGAUGUUGAGUAAAUUACAACCUUUUGCUAUCAUCGCAUCCGAAGACGAAUACUCCACCACCGACAGGAAAACCGGUAUCACCAGAAACAUCCGCGCCAGAAAGUAUCCAUGGGGCUUGGUCGACAUAGAAGACACCCGCUACAGUGAUUUUGUUCUCCUCAGAUCUGUUCUCUUGGGCUCUCAUCUCCAGGACUUGAAGGAUUUAACCCACGAUUUCUUGUACGAAACCUACAGAACAGAACGAUUGACCAAGGUAACCGGUACUUCCUACACUCCUGAAGAGGAUGACGAGUUUCAUGACAGCGUCGAACAGCAACCCGAUCGUAAAGAGAUGGCUGGUACCGUACCAUCACUUUCCAAUUUGGCACAGUUGACGUCCUCUUCGGCAAUUCCCGACGAUGCAGACGAAACCAGCUCUAUCUCGUCCGACGCAAAGUACAAAAAAUCCAAGUCCAUGCUCUUGGACGAUGUCGAUGAAAUGCCUUCACCUCGACUUCGCGACAACGCUUCAUUACAUUCCUCCACUUCAUCUUUGUCUAUGAAACAACCUGGAAUGGAGCGUAACCUCGACCUGAACAAUACCGCUUUCAAGCGCUUGUCCAUUGGGCCUCAGAGACACCAAUUGAGGCAAAUAUCGGAAACAGUGCCGUAUGUGAUUCGACACGAACGUAUACUUGAACGUCAGCAAAAAUUGGAAGAAAUGGAGAUGGCAAGUGCCAAGGAACUUGCCGCUCGUGCUGCCCUCUUGGAGCAGAAGGCAGCUGAAUUGAAGGCGAAGGAAAAGUUGUUGAUGAAGCAACUUGAAGCGGAAAGAAUACUUCAGCAAAAGCAGGAAGAAAGUAGACUACUUCUUCAGCAACAACGAGAGGAGAAACAGCAAUUAGAACAAGAGAAAGAAAGGAGGCAGCAGCAAGAACAACUACCUGAGGGCAGUCAAGAUGCAACCGUGAACCUGGAAGUGCCUCGUUCAACUAUAAAAAAGGAAGAGACGAUUACAGACUUACAUUCAGUGAUAAGUGAAUCGUAG